CCACAACACUUGAAUCCUUCACCCAGUUGUGCCUUACUCUCACACCCUUGCUCUUUCCACAACAUUGGCUUCCCAACUACCUUGUUUGAGCCUGAAAAACAAUCCUCAUCAGCUUGGCAGUGACAGAUUCCAUCUCGGCCCAUCACAGAUCGUAUUGAAUCUUUGCUGUUCUUCGGUUGUUAGAAGCACAUCCCUAAAAAUAUGGCCUCCAAUUCUUCAGACCGCCUCGGAAGGCUUCAGAUGGAAGACUUAGGGACCGCAAGACGAGAGCAUAUUUCAACGGCGGACGACCAACAUCAUAGACGGAUUAGGCUACAAGACAUCGAAGCAGGAAGGUUGGCGUACGUCGAAAAUUCUGACGCCCAGAAAUUGGCCAUAAAAAACGAGGCACAACUCGCGGGUUGGGCAAAUGUCUACAAGACAAUAGGCGAUACCGAGGACCUCGAACAUCUUGACCCUCUCCUUGACGGACAAACCCACCGCCUUGCCUUGAACGCGACAAUCCGUGAAGGCGGAGGGCAAACACAUGCGAGGACUGGAAGUGAGAGGCAUCCUGGAGCUGCUUCAUCGAUCAGAGCACCGCGCUCGCGCGCUCGCGGCGGUGGUGUUAUAGGAACUCGGGGGCGUGGAACAAGGCAAGGCUCCUUGACGUCGUCAACUCCAAAUUUUGGGUACCGCGUUGUCCUACCCCCAACGAAACCUCACCUAGACCCAGCUCUUGAUACAUCCAAUGACUUUUACAAAGGGACGCGCCAGGGAAAUGCGUCUAGGAAAGAGGACGCAUACAAAGUGCAGAAUAGACAGCCCUCUACUCGAAAGCCAACACCUACUAUCAGUGCCAGAAGGCCUAUGGCUGAUUAUGGACGCCUCAUCAGCCCGCCUGAGAAUUUUCUGGCCGCUGCUCGCAAUGUAGUUGUUAACACAAACACUGCAGGAGUCACUCCCACUGGCGCUGCCAAGGUUUCUGGCGAUAGUAGGCCCGAGGAAAGUACAAGAUCAUUGGAUACAGCAGGUGCCAGCGGUCACUAUAGCCCCUUGAAGGUACAGGAGCAUGCGGAAUUUCGAAUCCCUGUACGCCCUCAGGCUGCCACCCGUUCGGGAGACCCGCCAGUGCCGUUUACUACUCGGAGCACUUCUUCGCAGCGCCAGAAUAUAACUAGAGCAGGCGAGCCGUUCCCACUUUCACUGUCCUCAACCGUACGAGAUACAGCUUCUCAGGAAGAAGGGUCUGCAUCGAUGAGCCUAGAAUCCGAACGGUCUACUUCUGAGUUGGUGGAAACCCAAUCUCAUGUGAAAGAGCAAGUUACGUCUGGUAUGCCUACGCCGAUUACGGUUGAGAAAUCCUCGUUAGGGAAAUAUCAUGCAAUUGGAGAUGAUGACAGCAGGUCAUUGGCAACCACGAAUGCCACGGAUGCACUUUUGCUUGAUCUUAGUUCUACACCACCGAAGCAAAGUCUCCUUGGCCGAAGCCCUCUUGCCACGGCAAUGAUGAGUCCUACUUUGGAAGACCUUCAAGGUCUUGAAUUUGUUGAAGACCUAGAUCUCUUGCAGGAUCCAGUGCUUUAUGAUUCCGCGCCCAUGAUUCAACCCAUCGGAUCGAAGUCUGCAGUUAAUUUGAAGCGCCAAAUUGACAUCCUUUGCGAACUGCUUGAAUCAACCUCGCUAUCCGAUGCGAGCCGUGAGAACUUGAAGCAAUGCAAGGAUGAGCUCGAAGGAAAGAUGAACAAGCAUAGCCCCACGGACGAAACAAAAGGGAAAGGGGUCCUUUUCCCAGACGAACACAUCUCUCAAGAUGUCGGGGCGGUAGCCGAACCAGGCGGACAAUCGCAAUCAAGUCUCGAUUUGUUGGAUAUGCAGGAUACACCCAUGGAGAGUGUAAGGCUAGAUAUUACUCAGAGCCCAAGCCCGCAAAGCCGACUGAAUGUGACAGCGCCGCCAUUCUUUCCUCACAUGCCAUAUCGCUCCCCAGCAAAUAGCAUCUCGAGUGAGUCAACUUGCAUUCCGCAAACCCCCUGCCCCCACCGCCGGAUUUCCCUCACCGAGGGCCACAUCAUCGGUGACCACCUGCUCCCCGGAAGGCGUCGGAAUUCCAUGGUUACUGGACCUGACCCGCUGGUGGCGAAGCAGCUACCACCUGGUGGGCCCUCGGAGCCUCGCGUCAAGUUCACGAUCCCGCAGCCGUAUUCGCUCACAUUGCCGCAAAAAUCUUCAGUCAUGGAAGCGUUUCGCCCGGAUGAUGUUGGUGAAAAUACCCAGCCAUUCGCCAAUCCCUCGCCUGAGCUACAGCGUUCAAUGCAUGCCCCGAAGCCCGAGCCCGAGCCCAAGCCCAGGACCUCGGCCUUGAGCGGCCUGGAAACUUCUCGGUACGCACCCUCCCAAAGCAGCAGGCCUCUGCGCUGAGUUGUCCGGGGGAAAAGUUUUCCUACCAGUUUCAGUUGAGC